AUGGCCCAACCAACUUGCUCCGUGGAGGAAUUUACCCGCACAACAUUCGACUAUGUCAUCUGCGGGGGUGGCACCGCGGGACUAACCAUUGCGUCGCGUCUGAGUGAGAAUCCCGCCGUGACCGUCGGUGUCAUUGAAGCGGGCAAGUAUCGCAUUGGUGAUCCCCUGAUCGAUACACCAGCUGCAUUUCCCCAGAUGCUCGAGCACCCCGAUUACGAUUGGUGCAUGUAUACGACGCCUCAGGAAGGAAACAAUGGCAGGGUCCAGCAUAUCCCACGAGGCAAAGUGCUUGGUGGAUCGAGUGCGAUUAACUAUAUGAUGUACGUGCGUGGAUCGUUGCAGGAUUAUGAUGACUGGGCGGAACUGGUGGGGGAUGAGGGGUGGUCUGCGGAGACUAUGCAGGGGUAUAUGCGGAAGCAUCAGACACUUGAGCCUGUGGAUCCAGCGAUCACGGAUCGUUCGACGAUGCCUUUAGUCGGCCACUUCCAUGGAACCAGUGGGCCUGUUCGUACUGGAUUCAACGAUACGCUCAUGCCUGUCGAGAACGAGAUUAUCAAAGCGUGCGAAGAAGUCACUGGCAUCCCGAACAAGCCUGCUGAUCCAUGGAGCGGAGACCACAUUGGAUUCUACCACACCCUAGGCUCUGUGGUUCGGUCAGGGCCAAACAAGGGCAAGCGCAGCUAUGCAGCACGGGGAUACUAUGAGGCACACCGGGCGACACGGCCGAACCUGAAAGUUCUGUGUGAGGCCCUGGUGAAUAGAGUCGUGUUGGACGGCACCAGGGCAACUGGCGUCAGUUUCACGCACAAUGAAGUCGAGUACCAGGUCUCUGGGCGACGGGAGAUCAUUGUGAGUGGUGGAACGAUCAAGUCUCCACAGAUUCUGGAGUUGUCAGGAAUUGGUAACCCCGAUGUUCUCAAAGCCGCGGGCGUGGAGUGCAAGGUGGCCAAUACGGGCGUGGGUGCGAACGUGCAAGACCACGCUAUUACCCUUGCUACGUUCGAUGUGAACCCUGGUGUUGUGACGCUGGAUACCUUCGCCCAGGUGCCUGAUGCCAUGGCGGCCGCGGCGAAGCAGUACGAGACAGAGCAGGGUGGGCCUCUUAGCUGCAUUGCUAGUAUGCAGGGCUUUUUCCCUGCGAAGAAAGUCUUGUCUGAGGCCGAGCUGGAGGAAGUAGUUCAAAGUAUUCGCGACGUGAAGCCAACCAGUGCAUUCCACGAAAAGCAACUUGCACAGAUCAUUGCACACAUCCAGAAUGACCACUCUGCCAAUCUCCAACUUGUGACUGUUCCCGCUACAAUGGAACCCGAAGGAAUUGAACAUCAGAGCAAGUUGAUUCCACCCCGGUCUGCAGACAAGCCCACCGGCUUGACCCUGGCCUUGUGUCUGCAAUAUCCCGUAGCAAGGGGAUCGAUCCACAUCGGCAGCGCCGAUCCCACCAAAUCACCCAACAUCAACCCCAACUACGGCGGCCACGCCGCAGAUGUCUCCCUACUAGCCGCCAUGCUGCGUUGGGGCGACAAAGUGGGCGAGAACAAGAACCUGAAACCAUCCAUCAUGCGUCGCUCCGUUCCAGAAGCAUCAAUCAACCUUCAGGACCUGAACACUGCCCGCAAAGCAGUCCACGACCUGGUCGGUGGCGAAUACCACAUCUGUGGCUCUGUUGCGAUGGGUGAUGCGCUGGAUAGCAGACUUCGGGUGAAGGGUGUUGAAGGUCUGCGUGUUGCUGAUGCAUCUGUGUUCCCCAACAAUGUCUCUGGCAAUAUCGUGAGCAGUGUCUAUGCCGUUGCUGAGAAGGCGGCCGAUCUCAUCCGUGAGGAUUGGGAUUCCAGUGCUUCCAAGUUGUAG